AUGGAUCUAACUGAGUACUACAAACUACAAACCCUGACUCAGUUUAUAAGCAUGCAGUUUCUAAAGAAGGUGACACAGUUGGUACUCUCAGUUUCUGUGUUUUCUUUCUUCUUUUCUCACUCAUCCUCGCUUUCUUUCCCACAGUCUUUUGACUUCUUAUCCGCAUUCCCUUUCCAACUAUUUGGCCACACUGUUGAUAAAAACUGCAUAUUCCUCCUUUUCAAUGGACUCCUGGUUCUCCUUGCAAAAUACUCCGGUCUAAUAAGAUCUCUGUCAGGGUCUAGUCACGAGGUGGAAUCCAUCACAUGUGUUGAUCAUGGUUUGCAACCCGAAUCGUCAACAUUAGAGACCACAGAGGCAGUGUUGGAGAACAAGGUUAUGUUAGAAACCGUCGGUUCUGCAGAGAAUGUUGCCCUGAGACAAAGGAGAGAAAUAGACUAUUUGAUCAAAGAUGUGAAAAAAGAAACUGAAAAGACAGCUGUGGAGGAAGGAGGAGAAAGCAGGUUUUUUAUUUCAGAAGAAGAAGAAGGAGAAGGUGUGGUAUAUGUCUCAGAAGAUGAAGAGGAACCAAACGAGUCAGCAACUAGCUCAUUUAUCAAUAAAGAAGAAGAAGAAGAAGAAGAAGAUGAAGGAAAUGAGAAGUUGAGUACAGAAGAACUAAACAAGAAGUUUGAUGAUUUUAUUAGAAGGGUGAAGGAAGAAAUAAGAAUUGAAGCUCAACGACAGCUAGUUAUGGUCUAG